UUUUAAUGUUUUCUGUAUAUAAUUUUCUUUUAAAAAAAUGAAUUAAUAUUUUUAAUAAAUCAGAAAUAACAUAUAUUAGUGUUUUAUAAUGGAAGUCGAGGAGAUCCUCAACAGGUUUAACGCCUUAAAUCAGAAGAAAAUACAACUAGAUGACUCAAUUUCAGAUAAAUGUUAUCCAGGAGCUAAAAUAGGAUGCUGUACAUACCCUAUAGAGCUUAUGCAAGGAUAUGUGGAGUUGAACGAGGCCAUUUUGGGCAAUGAUUUGCCAAGUUCAGAUGUUUCUGGUUCUGAUUUAAAGGCGGAGCACAAAUUAAAAGUUUUGUCAGAUGAAAGAGUUAUGUAUUUAUGUGAGAAUGUAGUUUAUGUAAUUUCAUACUAUUUGGUGGAAACUGGACAAACCGACUCACUUUUCGGUUUGUUGGUUAGAAACGAGGAUUUUUUCUCAAUUUUGCCUCAGGCUAAGACGGCAAAGAUGGUUCGGUCUAUCUUAGAGCGCUUAUCUCAGGAAGUUAAGGACUUGAACGUCUUGUAUAAAAUUUUUUCAAUUUACCGCUCUUGGUGUGAUGCUAAGAAGAGGAAAUUCCUGGGACUACGUUUGGAGCUUAAGCUGGUGAUUAUACUUAUUUUGAUGAGGAGGUUUACAGACGCUUCUAAAAGAUUAAAUGUACUUCAAAAUGAGGUUCGACUCCUGGACGAUAAGGCGCUUCUUCUGGAUAUUUAUCUGGUCCAGUCGAAGUUUUUCUUACUUCUUCGUAAUUUCACUAAAAUGAAGGUUUUCGUUAGUAACGCAAAGAACACAUCCACUAAUAUUAAUACUCCAGUGUACGUCACCGCAGAGAUUGAUCUCCUGACGGGGAUUUUGUACCUCUGCGAAAAGGACUACAAGACGGCGUAUUCAUACCUGUUUGAGAGUUUUGAGGGAUUUCACAUGUCACUAUGCCAUGCGUACAGUUAUUUAUACCCUAAUUUAAACAGAGUAAAAAGAAAGAAUAGAGAUUUGACAAGGUUAACUGAAGGACAACAGGGCAAGUUUAAGACUGAUGAACUAGGUGUGAAUAGUGACAAGGAUAGGUUCAGUUGCCAUCCAACAACUUCUGAUAUAUCCCCAGUUUUUUUUACGUUUUAUAAUCUGUACGACUAUCACAGAGCUUCGGAUAAGUUUGACCCUAACCAGAAGCUAGACGCCGUUGGCUCUUUUUACCUUAAGUUUUACUCAAUGCACCCCGUUCCAACAACAGACGAGCUCGAGGUUGAUGAAGUUAACGAUUUCUUGGCAGAACCUGAACAUCACAACCUGGAGAUUGAGACUCUUGUGAGAGCUGACGAGAGGAAAUUAGUUCAGGCACUAAAGUACCUAAUGCUGGCGGCUGUCCUUAGUGAGCAGGGGACUGACCUUAACACACUUCUAAGCGCAAAAAAUAAACUUAAGUACGUAAACCACGUAGAGAUUGUAAUGAUCAAUAAAAUUGGAAAGUGUUAUAAGGAAAGCUCACUUGUGCAGUUUGAACAGCUUCUGGUGGAGUAUAAAGACGUUAUAAUGAUGGAUCCAGUUCUUCACCACGAGGUCGAGGGCCUAUACGAUUCCUUAUUGGAGCGUAACAUUCUUAGGAUUUUGAAACCAUACAGUGUAGUUCAGUGCGAUUUUAUAGCUCAGAAGCUCCAGUUAACAUCCGAGAAAGUCGAGAAAAAACUGGCUGAAAUGAUACUGGAUAAGAGGCUAAACGGCACCAUAGAUCAAGGCACGAGAACCCUUGAAAUCUACGACGAUGUCGUUAUCCAUCCGAUCUACGAAGAUGUGUCCAAAUCCCUCACACACAUGACUGAAGUUAUCGAAACAUUGUACGAAAAGGCACAACUCGCAAUUUAAUACACUACCAUUU